AUGGCCCUUUGUGCCGGACUGGUUAGUGUCACUUAUGGAUUAUCUGAAGAAAUUCUGGCUACCGUUGUUUUACAAAAAGACGGAAACUUUGACGUUACCACGGGAAAAACAUAUGGCAUUUUUGCGGCUGGUAUUAUUGCUGCCGCAAUCGCAACCUGUGUGAGUUCCAAGAAUGUGGCCAUGUUGCAAAGUGCCUCCAGUGUCUUGAAUAGUGUCUUACUCGCUCUUUUCUUGGUCGCUCUGCCGAUCGGUGCCUCUCAAUCCGACUUUGGACUCAGAGAUAGGAGCUUUGUGUUUGGCCAAAUCACCUCGUACUCUGAUUGGACCAAAGGAUGGCAGUUCUGUUUGUCUAUGAUGGCUGCGAUCUGGUCCAUCGGCGCCUUUGAUGCCUGUGUCCAUAUGUCAGAGGAAGCACAAAACGCAACGUACGGUGUUCCUUUGGGAAUCAUUUCCGCCGUGAGUUUCUGCUCGAUUGCUUGCUGGGGCUGUGUCCUUUGUCUUGUGAGUUCGAUGAAGCCGGAUGUCGCGGCUGUGUUAGCGUCUGAGACCGGCUUUCCAUUUGCGGAAAUAUGCUACAAUGCUCUUGGCAAAAAGUGGGCCGUUGGCAUUAUGGCCCUCACUGCUGUCUGUCAGUUCCUGUGUGGUGCUUCCAUCCUGACUGCUUUGUCCAGACAAGUGUGGGCCUUUGCCAGAGACGAUGGGCUUCCGUUCUCGAGUCUUGUCAAGGUUGUUGACAAGAGACUUAAGGUUCCUGUCAGAGCUGUCAUUUUUGCAACCGUUGUGAGUUUGAUGCUCGGAUGCUUGUGUCUAGCUGGCUCGACUGCUGCCAAUGCGCUCUUUUCGCUUUGUGUGUCGGGUAACUACGUUGCCUGGUGCACCCCAACACUUCUGAGACUCACCACUGGUCGUUCCCGGUUCAAGCCAGGCGCGUUCUACUUGGGCCCUAUUUUCUCUCCAUUGAUUGGCUGGACCUCUUGUAUUUGGGGAGCAUAUGUGAUGGUGCUGUGUAUGUUCCCAUCCGUCAAGGCUGUGGAAAAGGACACCAUGAAUUAUGCUGUUGUGAUUGCGUCAGGCGUCUGGAUCUUGUCGAUCGUUUAUUUCUACACCUACAAGUACAAAUACUUCCAUGGUCCAAAAUCGAACCUCAAUGACGACGACACGACCGAACCGGUUUCUGUGGAUCUCGUACUCGAUGAGAAAAUGGCUUAA